AUGGCAUCAAGACAACCAAUCCGUCCAGGAAAGCCAACAAAUGCUCAAAGGUCUCAACCCGCAUCAAGGAAACCUGCUGUAAAUUCACGAACAGCUCGUGGAACACCUUCUCAAACACCCCGUCCACCUGCACCUGCUGCUCCUACACCAGUACCAGCACCUGAACCAGUUCAUGUUCCACCUCCACUUCCAUCUGCACCUGUGCCUGCACCUGAAUUUGCAGCACUAUAUCCUACGGUUGCCGCUUCAUCAGGAGAUGGAUUACAAUUAUCACAGACUACAAUGGAUACACUCGCGAAACUACCAAAACCAGACACAAAGGAAAAACCAUAUCUUGAUUAUUUAAAUGAUUAUGUUGUUGAUUGGAAAGAACCAGGUAAUUUAGAACCUAUUAAAUCACCACGAUUUCAUAAUGCUGGUCGUCUAUCACCGAAAUUACGACCGAUAGGAACACCACCUGGUCUUGUAUCUUAUAAAAAUCGUAACGAUUUCAAUCAAGCUGUUUCAGCAUUACCACCAAUUAGUUCUAGCCGAUAUGCUCCUAUUGAUUUUGAUGCAUUGGGUUUGAAUACAGCUGAAUACAGGUAUGCUGAUAAUCUUGAACCAUAUGGACGAAGACCAGGCGAUUUACGUCAUAUUCAAUACAGUGCUGCUCAUUACAAACAACAACAACAACAGCAGCAACAACAACAACAGCCACAAACUGGUGGUUCACGUAUAAAUUUACCAUCGUUAUUACAAAGUCAAGUUCCUAGUGCGGUCACAUUACCAUCAAAUCAAUUAGUGUUAAUAAAUCUUCCAAAUGCACGAUUUGGAAAUUAUGAUCGACUUGAUACAUUUGCUGGACCAAGAAUUGUUCCAGAACCAACACUUUUGAAUUUUGUACCACAUGAAGCAGCUACUCAUCGUUAUGUAGAAGAAUUUAUUGGUCACUGUAUUGAGGAUCAAUUUGUACCUGAUAUUUUACAUGAAACAAUCAAUGAACUUAAUCAUGAAAGACAAACAAAUAUCGAAGUACCUAAAUAUUCAACUGAUACAAACGAAUUCGAUAUAAAUAGAUACAUUGAUACCGCUCGAGAAAAUAAUACUCAUUUAUAUUCCGAUGAUUGGGUACGUCAACUUGGUCUUCAACAACAGCUACAUAUUCCAAGUCCUGCAUCAAAUCUUCAUACAAUUAUGUCUCCAAAAGAAAGAAUAGAUUAUAAAGAAGGUCCACCUAUACGAGCAGAUAUUCCAUUAAGAUUUCGUGAUAUGGUACCUGAAACACAAACACGUGUGUUAACUGAUGUUAAUCAAGACUUUAUCGAUUUCGAACUACAUGAUCUUUUAAGAGAUUUAGGUCGUGACUUCGUAGCUGAAAGAACACGGAAUGCUACAAUUGAAAAUGAAAGUAGACGUAAUAUCUAUCCUACUAUUCAACCUCCAGUUAUACAACAACGACAAAUAAUAUACGAACCUCCAGUUGUACAACAACAACAAAUAAUAUAUGAUCCGGAACUAUAUAAUCCGCCAAAACGAACAAUAGAUCAAGGUCAAUAUAAUUCAACUAAAAAAUAUGCAGAAAAUAAUCUAAUGGAUACAAUAUGUUUAGAUAAUUUAAUUGUUAGAUAUAUAAACCAAACUGAUUCACCUCUUGAUUAUGAUGAAGGAUAUUCACGUUUAUUAGACGGAACCAUGCUUGAUAAUUUGAUUAAUCAAUAUCAUAGUAGAGAUGAAUAUCGUUGA